CUUUGUAUAAAAGAAUCAAGAUAUUUUAUGUAUGAUGACAAGGUGUAUGAACAGAAAAAAGGACUUCCUAUGGGAUCUCCGGCGUCACCGAUUAUUGCGGAUAUCGUAAUGGAGGAGUUAUUGGACGCUACAAUGGGAAAAAUGAUGACAAAGCCAAAAAUAUUGAUUAAAUAUGUUGACGACCUAUUUUGCAUUGUAAAGAAAACGGAAAUUGACAAUACUUUAAAUGUUUUAAACUCCUAUGAUAAAAAUGUGCAAUUUACCCACGAAAGCGAAGAACAAGGAAAGCUAGCAUACUUGGACGCCCUUAUAAUUAGACAAGGCAAUGAACUGAUCCUUGAUUGGUAUCAAAAACCGACAGCUUCAGGACGACUUAUCAACUAUUAUUCAAAACAUCCAAGACGAAUAAAAAUAAAUACAGCCGUAAAUUUUAUUAAAAGGGUACAUAGCAUAAGCGACGAAAGAUUUCAACAAAAAAACGAACAGCGAAUACGUAAUAUCCUUCAAAACAACGACUUCCCGAAUAACACUAUUGACGAUCUUAUAAAAGGCGCAAAAAACAAUAACAAAAUCAAAACGAGGGAUACAAUGGAAAAAUUAUACAAGCCAGUUACAUACAUAUCUGGACUUUCGGAGCGAUUCUGCAACUCCAACAUUUAUAAUAAGGACAAGUAUCAAUUAGCCUUUAAAUCGAAGAAUAACGUCAACUCUUUAUUUAGCAAAACAAAAUCGAAAAUAAAAAAAGAAGAUAAGUGCAAUGUAGUAUAUAAGAUAAAAUGCGCAGGGGACGAAACUAACAUAUGCCAGAAGGUAUAUGUUGGUACAACAAAAAGCAAACUUAAGACUAGACUAUCUGGACAUAAGUCAGAUCAAAAAACGGACAAACCACUAGAACAAAAGACGGCGCUUGCGGCACAUUGCACGAUGACUGGCCAUAAACCAAAUUUUAAAGACGUUGAAAUACUGACACAAGAAAAUAAUUAUAAAAGACGUUUUACUCUAGAAAUGUUAAAUAUUAUAAACAUACCAACAGAUGUUAGAAUGAACUAUAAAACUGAUACUGACCACUGUGCACACAUUUAUAGGAACUUAGUUCAAAAGCAUAGACAGACAAAAAUUUAGUUUAGCAUAGACGGUGAAACAAGACUGUUGCUUUUCUCAAUAAAAAUAUUUUUCCCUGAAGAUGACUGUCGAAGACAGUCGAAAUAUCGGAAAAUAAAAAUCAAAAUUAUAAAAAGAAAACACUGAUGUUUUUCAAUUGACCUUAAGCCAAAAUAAAGUUAAUAAGAAAAUUCAAAAAAU